AUUGACCGUCAACCUUCCGCCUCACAAUCUCUUCGCCUCUUCAGUGUGUCUCCUUGGAGGAACUCUUUCCUGCCCAAUCCAUCGCUAGAAGGCGUUGAUCUGCUGCUGCUGCUGCUGCUCAUAACUGCUCAUCAUGGCGUCCACACGAGCAACUGGGCUCUUGAACUCCCAACUUCGGAGCUCAGCCCGCAUCACAUCCCUCGGACACAGCGUCUCUGCUGCUUCGACCAGCCGUCUCACAAGACGUCUGCCUGUCUCCACGACAAGGACCGCAGUUAGAACGGCGACCUUUGCUGCAUUCAAGGUCCCCAGCAUCAACAACGAGCCCAAUCAACACUACGCGAAAGGUUCCGCUCAACGCGAAGGGCUGACCGCCGCGCUCAACGCCCUGGAAAACAAGCUGCCCUUGGAGGUGCCCAUUGUUAUUGAUGGAAAAGAGAUCAAGACUGGCAACACCAGAAAUCAAGUCAACCCGGCCGACCACAACACCACCGUAGCGACGUACCACCAGGCCUCGCCGUCCGAUGUUAAGAAGGCAAUCGAAUCGGCCCUCCAGGCUAAGCCCUCGUGGGAGGCUCUCCCCUUCGCCGACCGCGCCGCCGUCUUCCUCAAGGCCGCCGACCUCAUCGCCACCAAGUACCGCUACGACAUCAUGGCCGCUACUAUGGUGGGCCAGGGCAAGAACGCGUGGCAGGCCGAGAUCGACGCCGCCGCAGAGCUGGUCGACUUCCUGCGCUUCAACGUCAAGUACGCCGAGGAGCUGUACGCCCAGCAGCCGGUGCACAACAGCCCCGGCGUGUGGAACCGCGUCGAGUACCGGGCGCUCGAGGGCUUUGUGUACGCCGUCAGCCCCUUCAACUUCACCGCCAUCGCCGGUAACCUUCCCGGUGCGCCGGCGCUGCUUGGCAACGUCGUCGUCUGGAAGCCCAGCGACUACGCCAUUGCGUCCAAUUGGCUCGUCUACAACAUUCUGAUUGAGGCCGGCUUGCCCCGCGAUGUCAUCCAAUUCGUGCCUGGCAACCCAGAGGAGGUCACCAAGGCCGUGUUGGAGCACAAGAAGUUCGCCGCGCUUCACUACACUGGCAGCACCGCCAUCUUCCGCAAGCUGUACGGCGCCAUCGGCGACGGUGUUGCCAAGGGCCACUACCAGUCGUAUCCCAGGAUCAUCGGUGAGACGGGCGGCAAGAACUUCCACCUGAUCCACUCCUCCGCCGACGUCGACAACGCCGUCAAGCAGACCAUCCGCGGCGCGUUCGAGUUCCAGGGCCAGAAGUGCAGCGCGACGUCGAGGGCGUACGUGCCCCGGUCGAUCUGGCCCAAGUUCAAGGAGGGCCUGGCCGACGAGGUCAGCAAGAUCAAGAUUGGCAACCCCGCCGACCACAGCAAUUUCAUGGGCCCCGUCAUCCACGAGGGAUCGUUCAAGAAGCUCUCGGGCGUCAUCGACGAGGCCAAAGAGGACGCGGAGCUGGAGCUCAUCGCGGGCGGCACGUACGACUCAUCCAAGGGGUACUUCGUGCACCCCACCAUCUACCAGACGACCAACAAGAACCAUAAGCUGCUGAGCACCGAGCUCUUCGGACCCGUGCUGACAAUCUACGUGUACGACGACACGACCCACCCGGAGCAGGCCUUCUCGUCCGCGUGUGACCUCGUCGACUCGACGGGCGAAUACGGCCUUACGGGAUCCAUCUUUGCGGCCGACCGCGCGGCGGUGCGGUUCGCCGAGGACAGGCUGCGUAACUCAGCGGGCAACUUCUACAUCAACUGCAAGAGCACGGGCGCCGUGGUGGGACAGCAGCCGUUCGGCGGCGGCAGGGCGAGCGGAACGAACGAUAAAGCCGGCAGCCAAAACCUGCUCAGCCGGUUCGUGAGCGUGAGGAGCAUCAAGGAGGAGUUUGCGGCGACGACCAAGGUCGAGUAUCCCUCCAACGAAGUUUAAAAUAGGAAGAUAGAUGCGCGUGAAGGGCAAGCGUGGGAGAAGUUUGUAAAAUUGCUAAACAGGGCGGUAUUUGUAUUUCUUGGCAUCGGGAUGGGAUCAUCUGGUUUAUCUACCUACACACCUUCGCUCACUAUGGCGUUGA